GCAAAAGCCGCCAGCCCUUAGUCAUGAAGCCUUGAUUCUAGCCUCAAAUGGGAAGCCAAUCGCCCUUUUCGUCGAGCCUCGCGCGCUUGAUGCCGUUGACCAUGUGCCAGAUUCUGAACUGCCCAACAUGUACCCAAUAUUUGACGAGCACUCGGAAAGCAACGUGAUUACUGUAUGCGGCGUUAAGCAAGAAGAAGCAAAUGGAGAACAUGUUAUAUAUUCCGCCACACCUCUGCCUCCCUAAUGGAUUGUCUUUACUAGGUCGAGACUUCGAGUCGUCUACCAUACCUAACAUCUCAGCCUCUCAUCCAAGAGUCUCACGUUCUUGUACACGGAUCUUAAUACACAGCAGUCAUGGCCUACCAACAACCGCCCUACAAGUUCGAACGUCUCGACAAAGACAAGGCCAUCCUCCUGAUCGUUGACCACCAACUGGGCCUUCUUCAACUCGUCAAGGACUACACCACGGCCGAGUUCCGCAACAAUGUUCUGGCGCACGCCGAACUGGGCAAGCUCUUCGACCUGCCGACCAUCCUGACGACCUCCGCCGAGACCGGACCCAACGGACCGCUCCCCAAGGAAAUCACGGACAUGUACCCGAACGCCCCCUUUAUCAGGAGAAACGGCGAGGUCAACGCCUGGGACAAUCCGGAUUUCCGCAAGGCCGUGGAAGCGACGGGGCGCAAACAGGUCAUCCUAGGGGGCAUCGUGACGGAGGUGUGCACCAUGUUUCUGGCGCUGAGUCUGAGAGAGGCGGGCUACUCGGUGUGGGCGAACACUGAAGCCAGCGGGACGGCGACGCCCAAGCUGGCCGAGGAUGCGAAUCGGAGGAUGGAGAAUGCCGGUGUGCACUUGACUGGCAUGUUCGGCAUCGCCAUGUUCUUGAUGAAAGACUGGCGCAACACGCCUGGCACGGCCGAGGUGCUUCCAUUCCUGGACAAGUACUUCCCGGCCUAUGGCAUCGUCGCUAGAAGUCAUGGUUCGGCAAAGAAAUUCGGGGACAUCGUCCCCGGCGAAGACCAGCUGUUGUAAAGCUUCCGGCUCAGCGUCAAAGAGUGAUCCCUUUAUGGCCGGACCGAAAGAAUCUUCGCGAGAGUAUCAGGGUUACGGAGGCUAGAUGCGCAUGACUCUGGGGAAAGUCGAAGCGUUUGACGAAUCGACUCCAGGCUAGGUACUGAAGGAAUACAUAUUAAAAACUCUCCAAAUUCAUGCGCCGCGCUAUGCGAGAGAGGCCCUUC